AUGAUUGCAGUAUUCCAUGUUGAUUUUAGUGGUAGGGGUGAACUUGCAGAGCGUCAGCAGAAGCUAGCACAGAUGUUGUUCCAGCUUACCACGCUUGCUGGGGAGUUCCAUGUUACAGUGUACAUCACCAAUCCAGUAAUUGCUGAUCUAUGUGGUGGAAUGUUCAUAACUGAUCCAAAGAAACCAGCAGGCGGCCAUGUGUUGGCGCAUGCUACGACCAUCAGAUUGAUGCCGAGUCAAGGCAAGGCGAACAACAUGUCUACAAGACCUUCGCUGCCCCUAAUCUUCCCGAAGGAGAUGAGAUAUCUGAUCUCGAGUUGGAUGAUGAUGGAUUCUUCUAUAUCAGAAAUAAGCACCUGUUUUCAGCUACCUAAGUCAGGAUCAGUUGAUGAGUAUGGGCUUUCAGUUAUUGCUAUUGGAUGGCAGCGGUCCGUGUUGAGGAAAUCAGUGGCACCUGUCAGAAUCAUGUCAGCGUGGAAGUUUUUCUCCAAGAAUCUUGAGAUCUCGCUGAUACAUCUGACCUUCCACAUUCCUCUGUUGAACAAAGCUAUUGGCCAGCAUCACGAAGUCUCAUCCCAAUUUCCUGAUGUUGAGACUCAGUGGUGUGCUCCAGGGCAAUUCUUCCGAGGCGGACAGUUGCUUGUGGCUCUUCCAUGGUACGCAGGUACUGGUUCGGGACACACUUUCCAGGUACACUGGCCGCUUUGGAGGACAUCUUUCGCUACAGCAGCAGUUUCCAUGACCCGCUACUUGGGGGCAAGCAGCCGCGCAAGACCGGGGGAAUGUCAGGAUGUCUGA